AUGCCUCAACCAUUGGUUACGGGUAUUUCUCCGCGAGAAGGUUGUCCUGGAAUUAAAAUAACCAUUCGCGGUGACCAUUUUGGUAAUGAUGAAAAAGAUUUCAUUGGCUUGAAAAUUUGUGGAGAUGAUUGUCGAUCAUCAGCCAUCUGGAUAAAUUCGAAAAAGAUUACAGCUUAUACGGGAAGCGGUCAAGGCAAAGGUGAUGUUAUUGUUACUACAAGAAGUGGAGGCGUUGGAUCUUGUAAUGUUGGAUUUUAUGGACGCGUUGAACAAGCUGGACCAUUACAAGAAGUGGCCGUAUGGAUUCAAGAGGAUGCGGUGAAUUUAUUUGGUUUAAACGCCUCAAAAGCUCCAGCAAUAUUACCCGGUAGUGGAGAUUCAACCGGAGCUGCUGCUGAUAAUGUGAAUGUUACACCGGCAGAAGAACUCUACGACAUGUUUCCGAACAGUAGCACUGAUAUUACACAAUCCAAUUUUAAUCCAUAUUAUUAUUUGCUUGCACAUAAAUCAAAUGCAACUUUUGAUGAACUACGAAAAAAUCUUGAACAUUUAAAAGUGAAACAAUCUCACAAUGAAGGUGCAUCAACCACAUUGGUGAAGAAUAAUAUUGCAUCAUUUAUGGAAGCUGUUGAUAUUAUGAAAGAUAUCCGUCGUUUAUGUGCCGAAGAUCGAAAGAAGAACGUUCUUGAACCUGUUAUCAAAUUGACAGAAGAAAUAGCCAAUAUUGCUCAUUCAAUGUAUGAUACAGAUUUAGAACGAAAAGAUUAUUCUGAUACCAUACGUAAUGCAUUAAAUGUUAUUCAACGUUAUAAAUUUAUUUUUCAUCUACCACAGUCUAUUGAACGCAGUGUUAAACGAGAGGAAUAUGAAAAAGUAAUUAAUGAUUUAAUACGAGCGAGAGCAGCAUUUGAAACAGUCGGAUCAAAAGUAUUCAAGAAUAUUCAGCGUGAAGUCGAUCAACAAGUUCAAAAUUUACGAACAUUAUUUCGUCAACGUUUAACAGAAUUUCCUUCAUCACUUGAAGAUCAAAAAUUAUUUAUAAGAUACCUUUACUCCCUCGAUCCAAGAGGUGAUCCAGCCUGGGACUGUAUUAAUAAUGAAAAAAAUUCGCUUGUUGACGUUUUAAAAUCGUGUGUCAUGGAUUCAAAACAUCUUCAACAACAACCAAACGAUAUGAAAUAUUAUCAUGAUGCAACGGCAUUAGUGGAUCAAGCAUGCGAUGUUUUAACAACCGCUUUUCCCGAUUUUUGGAAUCUUACACAAUUAUACUUGAAGAAAAAAUUAUAUCCAGCUGAAAGAUCAGAUGAGAAUGAUAGAGCAUAUCCGCAUAAAAGUCCAGAAUUCUUAGUGCUGACGAAAGAUAUUAUUCAAACAUUUAUCAAUGUUGUGCGUUUAAAUUUAUUGUCAAAACUGAAUCGUGAUAUUGAUUCGGGUCAUGAAGGCGAUGAACAAUAUUUGAAUUCCGAAGAAAUAAUGACACGUGAAGCAUAUCAGCGAGUGAAAACAUUACCACAUUGUGUUCAAAAUUGUCGAUUAUGUGUUUUACAUUUGAUUUCUCUUGAAAUACAAGCUGAUUUCAAAAAAGAAUUACAGCAAUUAAUGUUUGAUUUGAGACUCGAAUGUUUCGGAGUUUUGAUGGAUCAUGCAUGUAUAGAGGUAGCCCGUUUAUAUUCACAAGAAACAUGGGAUUUAGAAAGAGAUGAGCAACUUGGUUCACAUACAAAACUACCAAAUUUGUUUCAUGAUAUGGUAUUGAAAAAAUUGACUAUUGUUCACGAACAUGUUUUAGCUGUUAAUUUAGCUAAAGGAGAAAGAAGGUUUUUCGAGGAUAAAGAAGGAACCAAACAAGCUGCUAUUGCCGUCUAUCGUUUAUUAGGUGAUUUUGGUACGGUUUUUCAAACUCUUGUGAAAGAGUGUAGUACGGCCAUUAACACAUCAUCCACUCAAAACGGUUUUAUUGAUGGUGUGAGUAAUGUUGGCGGAAGUAGCGAUACAGGAAAUACUAGUGCACCUCUGGAUUCAUCAUUAACAAAAACAUUAAAAUUAGUUAUUAUCUUGAAUAAUUUCAGUUAUACGCGUAAAUAUAUCUUACCCCGAUUGAAAACAUCAUUUGUCAAUUAUGGUUUUCGAGGCAUGGAUAAGGUAUUCAAUGAAACAGAUGUUAUAUACGAUAAAAUUGAUGAACAAAUAAUUGAUACUAUUCAAACUGAAUAUAUCAAACCAUUUUUGAAUAAAUUAGAAACACGAAUGUAUGCCGGAAGAUUUGAUUGGGCAACACAUUCAAAGGUGAUCGGUGUUAAAGAUUAUGUUAAACAUAUCAUAUUAGAUUUAGCUCGUAUCCAUGCUGAAGUUUAUUCUAUAUCAGGUUUACUUGUUUACAAUGUUCUAUCGAAAAUACUUAAUAUAUUGGUGAAUGAAUUAUCAAAACUAUAUAAGUGUAUAUCACAAUUUAGUAAACAUGGUGGUAUGCAAGCAUGUCUUGAUAUCAUCGCAUUACAAGAAUGUCUUGGAAAAUGUAUGGAAACAACAACAUCGACGAAACUAAAAGAAAUUAUUACAUUUAUACCAGAUGCCACGGAAUAUAUUAAAUCUAAAACACUUUCAGAUAUGUUAAAUGCAUUUCUUAAACAAAUGCAAGCAUAUUUACUUGCAUUCAGAGAUGUUCAAAACACAUCGUCGCAGUAG